UUUUUAAAUAGAUGGCAGACAAAGACGAUAGUAAGCAGAUUGACCCUGACAAAGGAGCCAAAGAUGAUAAUCCACAUGCUAGUCUUCCAAUUCGUUCCUACUUAGAUAGCACUGUAGUGCCAAUUCUUCUCCAAGGAUUGUCCGAACUGAGCCAAGAAAGACCAGACGAUCCAGUUGAUUUCCUGGGCAAUUACCUCAUCAAGAACAAUCCUAAUCGCAAGUAAUGGUUAGGCAAGACUAAAGUGUUCUACAUAAUGUUGUUAGCACUGAUUACGGACGAGGCGUUAGCAUUAUACUGCCACAGUUGGACUCUCACAUUUCAAUUUUAU